UGAUUUUUGCAGACAUGUUCCGAAGUAAACAAAUCUUAGAAGCCGACAUUGCCGCUUAGAAACAUACGGUUAUUGCUUACCAUCAAACCUAUUUCACAGCUUAUUAAACAAGGAACGGUGUCGAAUGCAUUAGGAGAUAUCCAAGGACACAGAAAGAUAUUUUUCAUGGACCAUCAGACUUGAUUCAUCAUUCCAUCUAUCAUACAUCUUGAGAGUGUGCCCUGGAGGCACUGUUAAUUUGCUAUUGUCCUGCAAGCUGAAUGAAUCAAUCACCAGACCUUCGAAAGAGGAGGAGUGACGAAGAAAACUCUUCUGACCCUCAAACUCUUCUGCCUGCAAGCCCACAGCAAGCCAGCACAUCUAGCCCUUCAGGUAAAGUUAGGAGGCGGUUCAAGAAGAAGCAUCAGCCCCGUACAUCACAGGGAUCUGACUCUGACUCAAUGGAGGAAGACACGGAAACGGGAUCUAACCAACCCUUGAAGGAUGGCCAAGAGGUUGAGGAUGCACCAAAGACCACAGUGGAGGAAGUCCAGGAGACAUCGGCUCUCAAGUCAAGUGAUGGGGAAAAGAAGGUUGGUUCAGGGAGCGAUAGCGAGUACGACUUUGCCUUGUUGAAGCAGCAGGCCGAUGAGCUGGCUCAUAAGUUUGUCCAGAAGGUCAAGGACGUGACAUGGAAGGUCACCCAUCAUAACUUCUUACCUGAUUGGCUCAAGGACAAUGAUUACCUUCACUACCACCAUCGUCCUCCUCUACCCUCGUUCAGGACGUGCUUCAAGUCUAUCUUCAGGAUUCAUACCGAGACUGGCAACAUAUGGACCCAUCUACUAGGUUGUUUGGCGUUUAUUAUAAUAGCCAUCUACUUCCUCAUCCAGUCCAUCAUGUCAAGGGAUGACUGGCAGGAGAUAGUGGCAUACAUGAUGUUCUUCUUAGGGGCCAUUCUGUGUCUCGGAUUCUCCUGCCUCUUCCAUACUUGCUACUGCCACUCUUCACACGCAGCAAAAAUAUUCAGCAAACUGGACUACUCUGGCAUCACCUUCUUGAUAGUUGGAUCAUUUGUGCCUUGGCUUUACUUUGGAUUCUACUGUGACAAUGUGACCCGCUACAUCUACCUGGUCCUCAUAGUUUCCCUGGGUGCUGUCUGCCUCUUUGUUGCACUCAGAGAUACCUUCAGUCUACCCCAGUAUCGUCCGCUCAGGGCAGGUCUGUACGUGGCAUUGGGCCUAAGCGGUGUGAUACCGGCCGUUCACUACGUCAGUGUUAACAGCUUCUUGACGGCUAUCCAGGGGGGUGGACUGGGCUGGAUGAUCCUCAUGGCAGUCCUCUAUAUCUCAGGAGCAGUCCUCUACGCUAUACGCAUCCCGGAGAGGUUCUUCCCUGGAAAAUGUGACAUUUGGUUCCAGAGCCAUCAGAUAUUCCACGUCCUAGUUCUAGCGGCGGCCUUCGUCCAUUACCACGGCAUCAACACAAUGGCAGCUUACAGAGAACAAAUAGGAGAGUGUGAUGCAGGACAACUAUUUACAGACACAGCAGCAACUGUUACUGUUGAAAACUGAAGCUAAAACUGAACCGUUAUUUCUUCACUUGAGGCGUAUACCACUGUCUUGAGGUCAAACAAGACUGGAUCAGUAUUCUCCCCAGAUACUGCAAUUUUAAAUGAAUGGAUCUGCUCAUCACAAAAUGAUUUUUGACAAAUUGACUCUGGGGAAAGAGAAUCGUGCAUUUGUAUCAUCACGGACUGUACAUUCUUUUUUAAUCACUGUGAUAUAAAAAAAUGAUGUAUUUCAUUUGUUGGAUCUCAGGCUUAGCCAUUUUUCUUUUCCUUUGCAGAUGUGACAAGUUAUUGUAAUUAUCAUACACAUUCUAUAGUACUUGUGCAACUUGGAGUAGAGAGAGUUGAGGUACAUGUAAUGAUAAUCCAUUCUUGACUAGCGCAUAUCGCUCUAUGAUGUAAUGACUCUAAGCGCUCUAUAUUAUUGCCAAUGCUUUAUGAGAUGGAUGAUUACUGUAUGUCUUUGGUCUCGACUGUACCGGCCUACUUGGUUAAUUAUUCAAGAAUUUCUAAAAGGAUAUUCUGAGGAUAUUUUCAUUUGAUCGCAAGAUUUUGCAUUCGAUUGCAAGAUUUUGCAUUCGAUUGCAAGAUUUUUCAUUUGAUUGCAAGUUUUUUCAUUCGAUUGCAAAAUUUUUCAUUCGAUUGCAAGAUAAUGAUGUCAGAGCUUUCACCACAAAGCCAAAGAUUCAAUUUAAAUAAACCACCGGCUCAGGCUACCUGAGGCUAUCUGAGGCUACUUGUGGUAACUAUGUCAACAAAAUUAUCUAAAGCAAGUAUGUAUAGACCGAUUUCAGGCGACAGAACAGCUGCUCAUGGACUUGUGGUCUUUAUGCACAGGUUACCUUCAAAUGGGGUUUCACAGAGAAACACACUUCUAAGGAAACAAAAAUGAAGGUGGUCACUGUAAGCAAGUUUGAUUGAAAUACCUAAACCCUGCUUGAUAUGAUGACGUACUUUGAACUGGAGAGACUUAAGAGUAAUAAUGAAACAGAAUGAACAUUGUACUUAUACAUAUGAGGGAAUAUGGUUUUCUUCGCACAUUUUUUUUAGUACACCCUAUACUUGUUGAGAUAAAACUUGGGUCUGGUAGCUGAGCUUACAAAUUUGGUUUGGUUUGGUUUGGAAGAAAUAUUGUCAGUAUGUCUUUGUUCGUUGUAACGUUUGGAUAAUUUGUUUUUAUUUCUUUUAUAUUCAUUGGCUAACAAAGUGGUGUGAUGCAAGAAUGCCUGAUGACAAACAAAAAUUUGACUCCCCUAUGCAAGGCCGAACUGUGCAUAUAAGUAAUGCGUAUGUACUGCAGAGAUGUACAAGAACUGAAUGUAUACACACUGUACUUGUGCAUGUUCAGCUAUGUAGAGAGAAAUAUCAAGGGGACAGUGUAUUCUCCUGUUCAAUCUAUGCGGUGCAUUCAAUUGGACGAUACAUGUACCUAGUACUACACAAAUAUUUGUUUUUCUGGUAGAAAUGUGGCUGGUUAUAUCAUUCCAUAUUUGCCUAUUCAUUUUGAUAUGUUUUGUGACUUUCUGCAAUUAAUCUUUCAUCUUGAUAGCGUAAUAUUGGUGAUUAUAGUAUUGAUGAUCGGAACAGCUGCUUUAAGUUCAAGUUGUAUCAUUUCGAUUGUCAGAUUGUCUUCAACUCUAUUUCAAUGGUACAGUGAACCUGUCUAUAAAGACCGCCCAAGGGAGACAAGAAAAGUGGUCAUUGUAGACAGGUUCAUAUAGUACAUGUUUCAAUGAGAAACCAUUUUCAAGGGAAACAAAAAAUGUGGUCUUUGUAGACAGGUGGUCACUAAAGCAGAUUUGACUGUGCAAGCUGAAUACUAUUCUGACUCUUGGCACAUGAUUUUGAUUGUGUACAAAGAAAUGAUUUGAAAUCUUUUAAAAUCUUUUCAAACCUCGAUUUGAGAAUUGUAAAGAGCAUUUACAUUCAGGGAAUUAGUGUGAGCCCUCCCAAUGUAAACAACACAUACGGUAUACAUUAUAGUCUAUUCUGUUUGCACUGUGCAAUUAUAAAAUAAUUGAUUCGAUGAAUGAUACAAAAAUAUAUACAUUAUAGAAAUGAAAGAAUUUGCUUUAUAUUUAUCCUAAGAGUUGUUAGUAACAUCUUGGUCUUUAGGUCAUUGUAUUUUGCUGUCAUGAAUCAUUAUUCAACAUUUACCCAAAUUAAAUUUGUAUCAAUUUGACUAUUUCAUUGUAAAUGUGACUUGGCCAUAGCACUGCCAUAUAUAUAUAUAAGGUUUAAAAAAAAUGGAUUAUUUUCUCCUGACUUUGCAAAUUUGAUUCUUCAUGAUUGUGGGAUACUGGUAUUCGCAAUUGCAUCAUAUUUUGGUUUUUGCUGUGGGAAUUUAUUUUUUUUCAUAUUGUUUCUCUACAGGAUGCUAUAUUGUCAUCAAUUCUCAUUUUGUUUUUGUUAUAUUUUUCUUUAGGGAGGAAAGGUUAUUUUCAGUAUUAGCAGUUGAAGAAAUUUGCGAAAGAAAAUCUUAAUUUUAGUAAGAGAAGAGAACAUGUCCACUGAAUUUGUUUGUUUGUUUUGUUUGUUUGUUUUUUAUGGCUUCUUUGAUUAAUAAAAAAAAAAAUACAAAUAAACUUGUAUCUGACCUUACAAUUCUAUUCACAUUGUUGAAUUUGAAAAUCUGAAAAUCUGAAAGUGUUGACUUAUUUGGAGAUCCCUAAGAGGGAAAUUUCAUUUGAAGGGGAAACAUCAAUAUAGUUUAAUCCAUAUAGCUUCCCAGGGCAGCUCAUGCUACUAAAUUUAAAAAUCAUAAUGAUUCCUGAAAGCAUUAUCUAAUUCUGUACAACCAUUUAUCCAUAUCUGAAACACUUCUUAUUUUGUAAACAUGUAUAAAUACAUAUAGCAUUUUAUGUUUUGUUUCAACCCUAUAAAGUUUAGAAAAAAUAUUUCAAGUAUACAUAUGAUUUAACGCUCUGUUUCUCUUAUUUGCUGUUAUAAGUCUUUGAAAAUACAGUGUAAUAAAAGAAUACAUUUCUGUAGCGCAGACACUAUCCAAGUAUUCUGUCAUGUGCUUGAUUCUAAGUAUCAAAAUUAUUACUCUAGCUUUAGCUGAGCUAUACCCAAAAUAUGGCAUUCAAGGUUUUUUUUGUCAUACCAGAUUAUAUACGAUUAAUGUCACCUGAGUUGAGAGUGGCAAAUGUAGAUAGGAAAAGUCCAAGGUAUGUCCCAAACAUUACCAAGUAUUAUUGCAUUGUAUUAUGAAAUAAUGAGCAUAAAUUAACCUAAAAUAUCAUUUUACAGCAUUUACAUAGCCAAUAAUUAGUAGAUACUGUAAAUGAAAUGUGUUAAUGUUAAUACAAAGAAAUUUCUCUAUUUGUAUAUUAUGAAUGAUGAUAUGAUUUGAGUUGGCCUGUGUUUUCACUCAUAUUUAUGUUUGUACCUUGUUAGGCGCGUUGAGCAUCACUGGGGUGGAUGUGUGCGGAUUAUGAAUAUUAUUGCUAUUGGUAUGAACUAAAAUAAAUUGCAUAAUAAUACAUGUAUAUUUAAAUUUGUCAUGGAGUUAGCCAGAAAGGAAUUGAAAUUUGUGCCUUAGGAUAGUGUUGAUAAAUGGACACUUGUUGAACAUAUUUAAGCUGAAGGAAUCCACUUGUGUAUAUUUCUUGUUGAACAAAUAUUAUCAGUUUGAAAUUAACCGUUCCAUUCAAAGCACCUACAUACCGUUAACAUGUCUGUUAGUACUGUACAGUAAAAUCCCCUUAUUACAAAGCCCUCUACAUGUAUAUUAAAAUGCUGUAUAAAGCAAGAAACUCUUCACAUAGAAGACUUUAAUUUUUUUUGCAAAAUCUGCCGAUAAAAAAAUGCUUUGUUGUCCCUUGGACUUUGUAAUAAAGGGAUUCCCUGUAAUGUACAUGUUAUUUCAUCAUCUAGAACCUCUUUUCACCAUUCAUACAUGUACAUUUUUACUCCUUGUAUCUUGGUGUCUUCUUGAUGGUAUAAAUUCACUUGAAUUUACUUUGACAAGCAUUCACCAGAGCACUCCCUUUCCCUUAAGAGUUUUUAAAGAUACCAUAGCGUAUCGGAAGUAUGUACUCGCACAAUGAAUAAUUUGUUUUGUGUAUAGUGUAUACAAUGAUUUGUAGGUUUUGCACAUCGGUUCACUUUUGAUUUUUCAUGUUCAUGUUUAGGACUUGUGUGAUUCCUUGGUAUUCUGUUUCAGCUUUACAUAUGUAUGACAUAUUUAGGAGAAAAUAAUCACUAUUUCAAAGUAGCAGUAUAAUUUGUGCACAGGUUUAUUUAUCGGGAAUAUUAAAAAUGAUGUGAUGAAAUAUUCAAAA